UUGACGCAAAGGAAGAAAACAAAGAAGCGGCGCUAGUACUGUGGUUCGUGGAUACGCAAUGUGUGUGGUACUUUCCGUCUUGUUAUGUUUGCUCGGAACUUGGUACGCCGCGAAGCAGAUCGGUUUCUCAUUACCGAGCAUCGGCUUCGAUGGAGGAUACACGCCUCGGAUAUAUUAUUCUCACGACGAAGACGACCACGUCACCAGCAUCGGACUGCUUAACAGGAGCAUCAUGACGUACCUGUGGACCUGGGGAAGGGCUCUGCGCGUUGGCGUGGCGAAUCAGCUCGCCCACCUGGAGGUUGUCCGCGCGCACGUGCUCACGUGGACUGCCUGGAUGGGGGACUGCUGGCUGUGGUAUAUCAUCACAGUACUCGCCCCGUUCCUGCUCUUCGUAGUACUGCUGAGGUGCUGGAAUCAAUGCCGCAAGAAGAGCAAGAACGUAUCGAGAUCGCGACCUCCGUUCAACACUACGCCGCUCAGAAGCUUUCGCGGACUUGAAGAUGUUUUCGCAAGCAGCAGCUGGGCUGAACUGCAUGAAGAAGACGAAGUCGAAGACGAAUACCCCACGAGACCAAGAACUCUACGCGACCUACUCGACAGCGAAUCGGUGCAGUGGGACUCAUCGCCAUGCCUAUCGCAGCCACCUAGCCUAGAGGUUGCCAGGGGGGCUGAGCGGUGCGCUGGCUACGCGCGUCGACGCCGACACCGACCGGGGCGGAGCCCGCGGCGCCAACCCGGACAUGGGGCCCGGCAGCGUCGACCUGUCGAACCUACGGCGCCGUCACCCAGGCCGGUUGCGGUAUUCGCUGCUACUAGAACCGCUAGCUGCCCUGCAGUGGCUGGGCCUGACCGUCCUUCUUCUCGUGCUGCUGCUGUAUCCGCACAGGCUGCGAUUGCUGGGUCGCGGAUACAACCGGCAGCUGUCCGACGAAUUCAGCGCUGGAUACGCACUAGGUUUCAGCCGUGGCUGCGGAAACACCAGUCCCUGCCGAGAUGCGGUUCGUUCGAACCAGUGUUCCCAUCCUUCCUCGAGGAUCUGGUGCCAGUGACGGUACCAGAUUUUGGAACAGCUGAGUUUUUGGUGUCUGACCAAGGAUCCUUCGGCCACGGUGAGAGUGGAGGCAUUCUGAACACAAAGGAGAAACUCGAAGGCACCAAGACUGGAGUGAGGUCCACACCGUGUCAUCCGGAAAAGAGAAAAGAGGAGAGGAACAACGUGGAUCAGAAAAGGAAAGAGAGUAUAAAAUCGAAGGAUGCGCUUGCUGGGUCGCGGAUACAACCGGCAGCUGUCCUACACAUUCAGCGUUGGAUACGCACCACGUUUCAGCCGUGGCUGCGAAAACGCCAGGCCCUGCCGAGAGGCGGGCCGCUCAAACCUGUGUCCGAGUGCUUCCACGAGGAUCUGGUGCCAGCGAUGGAUGAUGAAAACGAAGAUUUUGGAACAACUGAGUUUUUGGUGUCUGACCAAGAAUCCUUCAGUCACAAUGAGAGUGGAGGCGUUCUGCUUGAAAAUGAGGAACCCGAAAGCGUCCAGACUGGAGCGAGGUCUACACCGUGCCAUCUCGAUGAGGGAAAACAGGAGGGGAACGACGUGGAUCAGAAAAGGAGCGAGAGUGUAGAAUCAAACCACCCCGCAACCUACGGCUCCUCGCUUCCGACGGAGGACGCCCACCCUUCGCCUUCAGUGGCGGAAAGUCCUGUCUCGUCGCUGACUUCUGCUGCCUCUUCUACGUCACAGUUUUCGGAGGAAAGAGAAAUUUUCGGCGCCAGCAGUUCUGCUGGCUGCCACUUCUUUUUAAAGUGGCCGCCAGAGCCUCUGCCACCUUCACCCGUCAAUAUGUUGGCGAAGGCGUUCGGGAAGCUCCUGCGUGAGUGCAAGCAGGUGACGCCAAUGAGCUUCGGGGCGGUGCUAGAGGAGAUUGGAGUGGACGGCUGUGUCAAGCUGCACGAGAGCGGCGUGUACUCGGAGGUGUUCCGCACGAGCGGCAGCCGCGGCACCGCCGUGCUGAAGGUUCUGCACCCCGGCUAUUUGCGCGAACAUUGGCCGGAGUUGCUGACCGAAGUGCGCGUGGCAAGAAUGUUGCGGAAAAUGAGCAUGAACGUCGACAACAACAGCGGGGGAUUUUCGGAGCUGCGAGCAGUGUACGGCGUAUGGGACAUGUACCCAAGCAUGAUGCGGAACGCGUGCAUCAACUAUUACAGCCGCAAGAAAGUCUCAUUCUUCAGCGAUGAGAGAUGGUACGCCUCGAGACCUUACCUUGUCAUGUACAUGUCCUACGCCGGGCAGCCACUGAGCAAGGUUCAGUUUGAGAGUGCCCUCCAGAUCCGUUCGGUGGUGCAGCAGCUAGCCCUGACGCUUGCCAUAGGUGAGUUAGCGCUGGAGUUUGAACACCGCGCCCUGACGCCUGCCCACGUAUUGGUCAACGCGGCACAAGACCGAUUGGCGCCCUUUUGGUUAGACGGACAACGACUGCUCGUUGACAUGUUCGACGUCCAAGUGACAGUGGUGGACUUCUCCACAGCACGCCUGAAGCCUCCCGGUGCAGUUUCGCAGGCCAUGUUUGCAGACCUGACUAAGAUGCCAGAGGAGAAGCGGGUGUCCCUAGGAGGCACGUUCGCCACAGUGUGCAGUAUGGUAAGCGAGGACCUGUCCCGGUUCUACCCGUGGACCAACCUGAUUUACCUUGAGAUGCUCACCAGGAUGCUGGUCCAAACGUACGAAGAACGCUUCGCCGGUGCCACUGACGAGGCGGAACGGCAGGCGUGGGGUGACGUGUGCUUCUGGGUGAACGAGAUGCCCCACUGCGGCACCACGUGGAACUUCGCACGCGAGCUGAUCGUGCCUAGUGCGCGGUCCUCUACGUCGCUGUCAACACUGUGAUGUCACCUGUCAGCAAAAUAACGCGGAGCGAGUCGUAGGGCAGCGAGCCACAUCAGUUGGUUAGAAUGAUGCAGUCCAGAGAUUAUUAAAAAAUUCUAAGCAAACGAAGUCGCACAUAAGAAUAUUUAUAACUUGUUCGUUAUGACAUACGGAAUUUGUUAGUGCAACAGAUUUGGGUAAGUUCGGGAUAAAUCUCCGUAUACUUAUACUGAUAACUUAUACGGAUAAGCUCG